AAUGGCGCGCCUCGCUGGCCGCUGGCCCCGCCCACCUCCUCACUCGUCGUCUUCUUCUUCAUCAACUGCUAUAAAGAACGGGAGGGCACGGGCAAGGCAACUCCAACUCCUAUCCAAUCGCAGUGUGGACGCGUGAGAGAGAGAGAGAGAGAGAGACUCACUGACCGGCGACCGACUUGGGGAAGGAAGCAGCAGCAAAGGAUGGCGCCGCUGAAGCUGUACGGGAUGCCGCUGUCGCCCAACGUGGUGCGCGUGGCCACCGUGCUCAACGAGAAGGGCCUCGAAUUCGAGAUCAUCCCCGUCGACCUCACCACCGGCGCCCACAAGCAGCCCGACUUCCUCGCCCUCAACCCCUUCGGCCAGAUCCCGGCUCUCGUCGACGGAGACGAAGUCCUCUACGAGUCCCGUGCCAUCAACCGGUACAUCGCGACCAAGUACGCGUCGUCGGGCGCGGCGCUGCUCCCGGCGACGGCGUCGGCGAAGCUCGAGGUGUGGCUGGAGGUGGAGUCGCACCACUUCUACCCGAACGCGUCGCCGCUGGUGUUCCAGCUCCUCUUCAGGCCGCUCUUCGGCGGCGCCCCGGACCCAUUGGUGGUGGACAAGCACGCGCACGAGCUCGCCAAGGUGCUCGACGUCUACGAGGCGCACCUCGCCAGCAACAAGUACCUCGCCGGCGACGAGUUCACGCUCGCCGACGCCAACCACGCGUCCUACCUGCUCUACCUCACCAAGACCCCCAAGGCUGGGCUCGUCAACGACCGCCCCCAUGUUAAGGCGUGGUGGGAGGAGAUCGCCAAGCGCCCCGCGUUCCAGAAGACCGUCGCCGCCAUCCCAUUCCCACCGCCGCCCUCCUCCGCUUGAGUUGACCUUUCGCUGGGUCGUCGCCGGUCACGGACGCGUCCGAGUUGAAUAAAAACGGCCUCCUUGCUUGUUGCUGCGCCGUUGUGUGAAUCAAAUCCAAAUAAUAUUGUAGUUGUUUCCAUGUGUGUUCAUCUCACUGCUGUCUCGGCUUGGUUGUGUAAAGAGCACGGUGGGGGUGUGGACACGAUGUGUAGAACCUUUUUUUUUUUUUAUCCUUGGAUGUUUCUAUUAGCCAGUUGCUUAAUAUUAUCAUCCGAAUUUAGUGUUUUUUUCUAUCAAUAAA